AUGGCACAAAACAUGGACAAGGACACUGAUGCCGCUUCCUUCAAACCCGUUUCCUCCUUGAGAUCUCAUUUCGAGGGACUCAAGGUAACCCCAUCCCAAUCCCAAUCUAGAUUGGACGAUCGAGGAAGCAUUCCAUCCUCUCCCCAUGUCCUGCGCCCGGUCGAUAUCUCCUCUCCGCUGCCGACUCUGCGGGCUUCCUUUGAUCUUCCAAGACCACUAUCUCCAUGGGCUGGGGUUACUCAAUCACAGCAUGGAGGCCUCAGAACUCCCACAAAGGGCACCGAGUCUCCUCCUAAGCCUGGCCACAAGAGACCCAUGUCCAUGCUUCUACAUUCAUCUCCGCAGUUAACCCCCGCGGUCAAGGUCGAGUCCCCACGAUCGCCUCCUCGUACCUUUUUCGACCGGAGUGCUUCUCGAUCUCCUGAGCGCGUAGACGACACCCCCUUUGCCAAAGUCCGUGAACUCAUCUCACAGCACUCCAGCAGAGCCUCCAGCAGACCUCCCACUCCACGUGCCCCCAGCGGCGACCGAUCAGAUCCCUCCAUGGUUGUGGAAAGGACCACUGCCGAUGCUACAGGCGCUGCUGACGCUACAAAACCGGCCGCAAAACUACCUCCACCCAUCAAUCGCGCAGACAAGCCAAAAAUCCCUACCAAACCAACUGCCAUUCCUAUGCCCCCCCACAUCGGCCUGAACCCGGACGCCCGCCGACCCUCUUUCGACGCAAAAGUGUCGCCAUUCAGCACUCCCCCAAGUAGUGACGAAAGCUCGCCCUCCCGAAGUCCCGAACCCCAGGCCCUGGCAUCUAUACUCCGGUCUUCAGACCACCCACCAGGCCCCAUCCGCACAACAUCUCCUUUGGUUAUGUCCCCUCCAGCCAACCCAGCUGUGGACAGGCCCAAAGAUGCACGCUUCCUCGGGUUCGCCAGCAAGCCGCUUGGGCUGGAAAGUCGAGAUGCUCGGACCCUCGGCUUUGGCGGUUCCGAUACAAAACCCUCGAGCCAGUCCACCAUCUUACCCGCUAGAGCAAACACGGUGUCGGAGAAACCAACCAGAGAUCCUCGAGAUAUGGGAUUGUCUCCCGCGAGGGCGACACCUCGCCACGUCUCCGAGUCGAUAAGACAUGCUCCUUCUCCGCCUCCCGCAAUGUCUCCUCAACCACCUGCCCGGGCACUGCCACCGCGCGACGCUCGCAUGCUUGGCUUUGGGACGCUUCGUGGUCAAGAAAUCCUCCCUAUCGAUGAGGAACCGCGGCCUGGUCUUCCUCCACGGCGCAUGGAUCCUCCGCCGCGUCCCUCCAACGAGUCCAAAAACACAAUUCGCACUGUGCCACCUCCACCAGCCGCGGGCCCAGUGGACCGGAGUAAAAAGCCAAUAGCCCGUGCCUCGACGACUCCAUUAGACACCACGUUCCCGCCUCCGCCCAAGCGUGGAAGUGUUGAUGAUGUUGACUCACCCAAGUCCACGCCGGCCCGCACUCACAACUUUAACGGAGAUCAUAUCCAGCGCCCUGUCGCUAGUGCUAGGACCCAAAUGGGCGAUUCAGAUGAUGCCGAGGAUGGUCUCGAAGAGCCUUCGACUAUCAUGUCUGAGUAUCCAGACGCCACAAAUACGAACCGUCGCCCUCCGACUCGCAAACGGGGAGUCUGGGAAAUCGCGACCAAAUCCGAGUCACGUAUCGCCGAAGUCUGCGGCAAAUAUUUGUGUACGACCGGCUAUGUGACUCGCGUCUUUGAUAUGUCCUCUGGCGAACAGAUCAUGAGCUUAAAUCACGGCGAAACAGUAAAAGUAACGGCGGUGGUCUUUAAGCCCGCGAUCGAUCUGAUGGGUGAGGGAAGAAGGCUGUGGCUGGGUACCAACAUUGGUGAGAUUAUGGAAGUGGAUGUCGAGACACACUCGGUCAUAACUACAAAUUCCUCACAUAAUCGGAGAGAGAUCGUCCGGAUUGUCCGGAAUCAAAGAGACAUCUGGACAUUGGACGAUGAUGGAAAGUGGUUCGUAUGGAAAGCGGACGAGACUGGAGUGCCUAGCCUCAAGUAUAGCCACAUUUCGCUGAAGAUUCCCAAAGGGCACUCGUUCUCUAUGGCGAUUGAUGGUAGGCUUUGGAUUGCUACGAAUAAGGAGAUCCGGGUUUACCAAUCGGGGAGCGACAGCAACCCUGCACCACUAACCAAACCGCUGUCUCAGCAUGGAACUGGCGAUAUCACAUGUGGAACACACACACCAGAAGGUGGAGGAAGGGCUUACUUUGGCCACAUUGACGGCAGGGUGACGAUAUACUCCACCAAAGAUUUCAGUUGUGUUGGAAAUGUCAAAGCAAGUGACUACAAGAUCAACAGCAUGACUUUUGUGGGUGGGGCACUGUGGGCGGCCUUCAAAACCGGCAAGAUCUAUGUCUAUGAUACCAUCUCAUCCCCCUGGAAGGUCAAGAAAGAUUGGAGUGCGCACAUUGGACCAGCAACUGGAGUUCUUCUCGACUCCAGCAGUGUUUGGGCUUUACAGCAGCUUCAGGUUGUCACUAUAGGCCAUGACAAUUUUGUGCGAUUUUGGGACGCAUCUCUUGAGGAGGACUGGAUUGAAAGCGAGAUGCAAGAACGUGAUGUCGAAUAUUGCACGUUUCGUGAGCUUCGGGCGGCUGUCAUCACGUGGAAUGUCGGGGCCUCCACGCCAUAUGAUAUUCGGAACGAUUUCAUCGCCGACGCGAUCCACGCAGAAGAACCUCCAGAGAUCCUGGCUUUUGGCUUUCAAGAAGUCGUCGACUUGGAAGAUCGUACUGUGACAGCAAAAAGCAUCCUCGGAUUUGGGAAGAAGAAGGAUGUUAAGACAGAGGCGCACCAAAGCCGAGUCUAUCGAGAAUGGCGGGAUUAUCUAAUCAAGAUGGUCAGUCGCUACUGCAAACAAUACUCGUAUUCGGAACUGCACACGUCAAGCAUGAUUGGACUCUUCCAAUGUGUACUGGUCCGGCAGGAAGAGCGACCAAACGUCCGAAGUCUCGAGGGAGCCAAUGUCAAGCUUGGAUUGAAAGGGCAUUAUGGCAACAAGGGUGCUCUGGUCACACGCUUUGUCCUAGAUGACAGCUCAAUCUGCUUUAUCAAUUGCCAUCUCGCAGCCGGGCAGACUCAAACAUCGCAUCGAAACAACGACGUCGCAUCUAUUCUGGAGGCUGAGGCACUCUCGGCUCAGCCCGACGCAGACGAGCGUAGCUCCCUGUACAUUGGUGGUGGAGAUGGCACGCAGAUUCUCGACCAUGAAAUCUGCAUACUCAAUGGAGACCUGAACUACCGGAUCGAUGCGAUACCACGCGACACGGUGAUUUCGAUGGUCAAGCGAGGCGAGCUGUCAAAGCUGCUUGAGCGCGACCAAAUCAUGGUGUCGCGGCGCAGGGUAUCCGGAUUCCGAUUGGGCCCGUUCACCGAAUUACCCAUCACGUUCGCGCCGACGUACAAAUACGACGUGGGGAGCGACAACUAUGAUUCCAGCGAGAAGAAACGUGCGCCAGCAUGGUGCGACCGGCUGCUGUAUCGCGGAGCAGGGCGGGUGAAGCAGCUCGAGUAUCGACGGCACGAGGUGCACACCAGCGACCAUCGGCCCGUUAGCGGGGUGUUCAAGAUCCGUGUCAAGACGGUGGAUCCUAAGAGACGAGCGAUAGUAAAGGCAGGGUGUUUCGAACGGUUUGAACUGGUGCGCAAACAGCUGGCGGAGACGAUUAGCAUCACCUAUCUGGUCAGUGUGAUGGGUAUCAGCGAAAGGGAGGCAAGAGCUCUGAUCACGAAGUAA